AUGUGCAAUUUUACUAAUCGUCUAUUCGUAUUUGUUUUGCUGCAUUAUUUUGUAAUUACCUUGACAUUGGCUAAGCCGCUCAAGCAGCAACCACGCUUUAAUGCUGUUGACUUAUUGGAGUUGUUAUACAAUGAUUAUGGCGACUAUGGUUAUCAGGAGGAGCAGGUGCACUAUGAUCAGCGCCAGAAGGGAGAGGAAAAUCUAAAUGUACAUCUAAAUGGAUUUUUGAUUGGACUGCCUACUCGCGAAGAUGAUGACAUUUCUUGGUUGGAUUCACUUGCCGAGGAGUACUUAACCAACACAAUGCCGAAAAAGCAAGUCCCUUUAGAGUCUGAGGGAACCUAUCAGUCACUAUCCAAAUCGAAUGCUUCCGAAUUGGCGACAGACCAAGUUGUGAGUAUACCUGCUGGCAAGAAGGAGUUGGAAAGUCGACAGCAUGUACCUGAUGAAGCAGCCAGCUCACCUCGCACAAGGUCGCACAUUCUGCAGCUUUUAAAAAUGUUUAGACGCACACACGUAUAA